UUUCGCAUACAGCCUAUCUAGACUUUGACGAAGAGAUCACCGGUCGCUGGCACCUUACCAACUCGCAUUCCACACGGACCGACUGCUACAUCGAUGGAUCUCCUCAGAUCGCGAUGUCGUCGACAACUGUACCUGUGUUCGCCGUAGAGUACGAGUCGACACGCAUUGUCGGAGUUUAAUGAGGGUUCCACAAACUGCACUUGUCCAUCAAGUAGGCGACAUCCCGCUAAGAUGGAUUGGAUCCGACGUAACGCUCUUGAGGAGUAUCUGAUUCUGAUAUAUUGUUACGUGUUGCGGCGAUCGUGCCAACUGUGGCGUAAAGGCAGAGAUCAGACACCUUCAAUAUUCUCCCUCCCGCGGGCCGCGGCCACUCGUUCACUCGUUUUCCCGCCAGCCACUCGCGGUUAUAUGGAAACUACUACACCGGCACGCGCGCUACAUCUCAAUAAGCUCCGGCCUUGGAAGGAGAUCGGGGCCACCAUCUGUGUUGGGCUGUGCCAACAGCCUUACCCUUCGUCAAUCAACCGCGAGAACUCCACGCUUGACGCAUUCAUACUCCGACGCUCCCGGGCGGACAGAAGAUGUGCUCGAGUUCCCACAAGCACGCUCUACUUCCGAGUCAUCAACGCGUUUCAGCGGAGCCGGGGUGUCAGCAAAAGGUCAUAUUCUCCGUCACCCAGUAGCAGUACGAGUAAUAUCGUUCGGAACAUUCGCCAAGUCACGUCGACAUCUCCGCUGCUACGCGCUGGUCCCAUUACAAGGACGAGUUCAAAUGUCUCUGAGCUAUUUCGAAGCCGCUUUCGGUUGAUUGUUGGACAUCACGCUUUCCUGUACUGCGAAGAAGCGCUUCAGUGCGGACGAACUCCGGCAGGUUGGCGGCGCUGGACGUGUGGCGAAGUCACUGUGCCAUUGUGGCUUAUCAUCAUGAUCAUGCCGCGGUACAGCCUCCUUCUUCGCAGAACCGUCUUACAAUACGGCAUAUGAGCCAAUUUCGAGCUGG